CUGCAUGACGAGGCUGUGUCUAAUGGUUUGUUUCUAUUAAUAGUGGUAUUUAUGGAUCUGAAUAAAAGCAGACACACGACUUCUGUGAUGUAAAUGAGAUUGUAUGGGUGGGCUCAGGGCCCCCAGGAACACGCCCAGAUAUAUAAAGCAGAUGUGGAGGAUGAGGGCUCAGAUGUGCUCCACCUGUGCCGCUGUGCGCGCGCUGCAGACACCUGGACUGAGCUGCACGAGCGGCCAGAAGAGUCAGUCCUACAGCUGGAGACCACACUAUUUCACACGGACUUUAUUUACUGAUAGACUGACUAUUCAACCUGACUUUUGAGCGAAACGAGACAGGACCAUCAUGAGCAGAAGAACACGACGCUGGAUAUUUCACAUUUUCCUUUGUAUCGGAAUAAUCUACUUAAAAAUGGGGCGGUUCUCCACCGUGCUGGCGCUGGGAGCGAGCAUCAUAUGUAACCGGAUCCCGGGUCUGGCGCCCAGGCAGCGCAUCAUCUGUCAGAGCCGGCCGGACGCGCUCAUCGUGAUCGGACAGGGCGCACAGAUGGGGCUCAACGAGUGCCAGUUCCAGUUCAGACACGGCCGCUGGAACUGCUCCGCGCUCGGAGACAGGACCGUCUUCGGGAAAGAGCUGAAAGUGGGCAGUAAAGAGGCAGCGUUCACGUAUGCCAUCAUGGCAGCAGGAGUGGCUCAUGCCAUCACAGCCGCCUGCACGCAGGGAAACCUCAGCGAAUGCAGCUGUGACAAAGACAAGCAGGGCUUCCACGGCCACGCUGACGGAUGGAAAUGGGGCGGCUGCUCGGCAGACAUCCACUACGGCCUGGGCUUCUCCAAAGUCUUCAUGGACGCUAGAGAGAUCAAACACAGCGCCAGGACACUUAUGAAUCUACAUAACAACGAAGUAGGCCGAAAGGUCCUGGAGAGGAACAUGCGGCUGGAGUGUAAAUGUCACGGUGUGUCUGGAUCCUGCACCACCAGAACCUGCUGGAUGACCCUCCCCAAGUUUCGCGAGCUUGGCUACAUCCUGAAAGACAAAUACAGCCGCGCCGUUCAUGUGGAGCCGGUCAAGGCCACGCGCCACAAACGACCCACUUUCCUCAAGAUCAAAAAGCCCUACUCGUACCGCAAGCCCAUGGACACAGAUCUGGUGUACAUCGAGAAAUCGCCCAACUACUGCGAGGAGGACCCUGUGACCGGCAGCGUUGGCACUCAGGGCCGGGUGUGCAAUAAGACGCUGGUGCACCAUCCCAACGGCUGCGACCUGAUGUGCUGCGGCCGCGGAUACAACACACACCAGUAUUCACGCGUCUGGCAGUGCAACUGCAAGUUCUUCUGGUGCUGCUACGUCAAAUGCAACACUUGCAGCGAGAGGACAGAGGUGCACACAUGCAAAUGAGCGAUGCCUAUGGAUCUUUUGACCUAGUUUAUGAGAGGAUCUUUCAUCCUGACAUUAAAAGAUGACUUAAUCAGGUGGCAUCUGUUCUUUUGAUCAAGACCUUACAUCAGACAUCCUUCCUUCACUUUAAAGGAAGAUCAUAAAGUUUUGUCUGGAGAAAGAAUUGCUUGAGAAGGAACACGGGACCAAAAAGUGUAAAAUACUAUACUUUUGAUGCCACUCUCUGCGAGUGUUUUUUCAGUCUGCAGGAAGCUGUUUGGAUUAAAACAAGGCUCUCUUGUCUUCUACCUGCUGUAAAACCCAGUACAACUAUCUGAAUCCUGAUUUUUACCAAUGGAGCUACUGGAUCAUGGACGUCUUGCAGGCGUGAAAGUGAAAUUAACAGAGAUAUUAACAAAUAGAGCAAAACAUCAUGGUUCCAGAUGUAAGCUGAGGUUUUAAUUUUAUAGUUUAAGAACAUUUCUAAAGAGAAAAUUAAUCAAGGAAACCAAGGAAAAUAAUGCACGAUCACUGUUGUGCUCUCUUGUUAAAUUCAUCCGGACUGAUUUUAUUUAUUUAUUAAAAACAAUGUUGUUAACUGUAAUUAAUGAGACUCUGGGAAGAAAUAGUGGAUCUGCAUCUCUUGAUGAAUACACUGAGAUUUGUAUCUUCUGAAAGUAUAGCUUUAUUAGUUUACAUAAUGCAUUGUUA